AUGGCCAAGAGCGGAGAGGCCCUGCCACAGGGCAGUCCAGCACAAGUCCAGGGUCCCCACCUCAUCAAAGUGACAGUGAAGACGCCCAAGGACAAGGAGGAUUUCUCAGUUACUGACACAUGCACCAUCCAGCAGCUGAAGAAAAAGAUAUCUCAGCGCUUCAAGGCUCACCCUGAUCAGCUGGUCCUAAUCUUUGCUGGCAAAAUCCUCAAGGACCCUGACUCACUGGAACAGUGUGGAGUGAGAGAUGGCCUCACUGUCCACCUGGUCAUCAAGAUGCAGCGCCGUCCCAUGGGCACUGAAUCCCCAGCUGCUUCAGUCCCUACCCCAGCCCCUGGACCGCUUCCUCAGCCAAGCUCCAUUUACCCAACAGAUGGGCCAUCCACCUUUAGCUUAGGUGUCCUCACAGGCCUCAGUGGGCUGGGCCUGACCUCUGGUAGUUUCCCCGACCAGCCAAGCUCACUGAUGUGGCAGCAUGUAUCUAUGCCUGAGUUUGUGGCUCAGAUCAUUGAUGAGCCUUUCGUCCAGGGUCUGUUGUCCAACACAGGCCUGGUGCGCCAGCUGGUUCUAGACAACCCCCACAUGCAGCAACUGAUGCAGCAGAACCCCGAGAUUGGGCAUAUUCUCAACAACCCUGAAAUCAUGCGGCAGACAACGGAGUUUCUACGCAACCCUGCCAUGAUGCAAGAGAUGAUGCGUAGCCAGGACCGGGCACUCAGUAACCUGGAGAGCAUCCCCGGUGGCUAUAAUGUGCUUCGGACCAUGUACACAGAUAUCAUGGACCCAAUGCUUAAUGCGGUACAGGAGCAGUUUGGUGGCAAUCCCUUUGCCGCUACCACUACUGCUAAUGCUACCACUAACAGCAACCAACCAUCAAGGAUGGAGAACUGUGAUCCCCUUCCCAACCCCUGGGCUUCCACCUAUGGAGGCUCAGGUGGCAGACGGGGCAGGUGGCCCGGGGACCAGGACAUUUCUGAAAUUAGAAAUAGGGUUCCCAGCAUUCUGGGUAGUAUAGGGCUCUAUGACUAUCUCCAACAAUUACAUGAGACCCCCCAGUCCCUGGGAACGUACCUGCAGGAGACUGCAUCCACCCUCAGUCCACGCCAAGAAGCACCGCCACCAGGAAACCGAGUUCCCUCAACUUCACCCUCAUCCCAGAAACCUGAGUCAGGCCAGGCACUCCCUAAGGAGUCAGUAGCAAUCAAAGGCAAGUCUUCUUGCCCAGCAUUCUCAAGAUACCCCACAGAGAGUAGUCCUAGACAGAACAAAAGCCAAGAUCAUUCAGGGAAUGGCUCUACUGAUCACAGCACCAGCAUGCCUGAUCUUAUCUCCGGGCUGGGCAUCGCUGCCAACAGGGCCCCAUUUGUUCCUUCACCAUCAUCCCCAAUGGUGGCUACCCCUGACACCCCUGAGCAUGGCUGGCUGCCGCCACCAGCAUAUCCAAGAUCUCUGCUGCCAGCCAGCACAAAUCAGGCCCCACAGUUUCAGGAUGAGAUGCGCCGGCAGCUGCCCCUGCUGCUGCACCUUCAGGCGGCCAUGGCAAACCCUCGUGCCAUGCGUGCCCUGCUGCAGAUUGAGCAGGGUCUGCAGGUCCUGGCGACUGAAGCACCUCACCUCCUCCUCUGGUUCAUGCCUUGCCUAGCAGGGCUGGGAAAUAUGGCAGGAGGUGCAGAGCCUAGAGAGGGAAGCCUUAUGCCUGAAGCUCCUCCCUCAGCCCCAGCUCCUGAAGUUCCCUCACCACAGGGUUCUGUGGGUCUGGGCCUCCAUUCUGCUCCCUUCCUCCAGAUACUGCAAGCCCUAGCUAGUGCCAAUUCCCAGCAGCUGCAGCCCGAGACUCCUUUCCGGGUGCAGCUGGAACAACUGCGGGCCAUGGGUUUUCUGAAUCCCGAAGCCAACCUCCAGGCCCUCAUCGCCACGGGAGGUGAUGUGGAUGCUGCAGUGGAGAAGCUGAGACAAUCCUAG